AUGUACUCAGGGAACCAAGCUUCAGAGAAUCAAACUUCAAGCUUCUAUUUCAUCCUCACAGGACUUUUUGAUCAAACUAAGUAUCCAGUCUUUCUGUACACUUUAACCUUCGUCUUUUUCUUGAUGGCUCUAACUGGGAAUGCCAUUCUCAUUCUCCUGAUUCACAGAGUGCCCCAUCUCCAAACUCCCAUGUAUUUGUUCAUUAACCAGCUGUCCCUCAUGGAUCUCAUGUACAUAUGUGUGACUGUGCCCAAGAUGCUCAUAGGCCAGGUCACAGGAGAUAAUACAAUUUCUCCCAUAGGAUGUGGGGUUCAGAUGUUCUUCCACUUGACCCUCGCUGGAGCUGAGUUUUCUCUCCUUGCUGCCAUGGCCUAUGACCGAUAUGCUGCCAUUUGCAGACCUCUCCACUAUCCACUACUCAUGAAGCCUAGAAUCUGCCAAAUCCUGGUUUCUGGAUGCUGGUUCCUGGGCAUGUUUGAUGGUUUUGUGUUUGCCUCCAUGACCAUGAGCUUCCCUUAUUGUCACUCAAGGAAAAUCCUGAACUUCUUUUGUGAGGCCUCUGCCCUGCUGAAGCUCUCCUGCUCUGACAUCUCCCUCUACCAGACGCUCAUGUAUCUGUGCUGUGUGCUCAUGCUCCUCAUUCCCAUAUCCAUCAUCUCCACCUCAUAUGCUCUCAUCCUACACCUCAUCUACAGGAUGAAUUCAGCUGAGAGCCGUAAGAAGGCCCUUGCCACCUGCUCCUCCCACAUGGUCGUAGUACUGCUCUUCUUUGGAACCUCCAUCUACAACUACAUGCUCCCCAGAUCAUACCACACAGCUGAGCAGGACAUACGGGUGUCUGCCUUUUACACCAUCAUUACUCCUGUGCUGAACCCCAUCAUUUACAGCCUCCGGAACAAAGAAGUCAUAGGGGCUCUGAGAAACAUGAUGCCAAAAGGUGUGAGACUAAGAAAAGUUGUCAGUGGGAAAACCUAG